GUAUUACGAUGAAGUGUGAUGAGAUCUGAGGUUGCAGGACGAUGAUGUCCAGAUAUGAUAUGAACACAAUUUACACAAGAAUACUACUCAGCUGAUUAAAUUGAUAAUAGGAAUAAAAUUUGCACCUAAGAUACCUUGACCAAUAUACAGAAAUGCAAUUAAGUACCUGAAUACUUAUGAAUUUUCAGAUGACACCGGCUUUUAUGCAUAUAACCCGAUAAUCAACGAUUACAGUCAUUCUUCAAACUAGUUGGUUUCCGUGGAUUGUGUUCAAUGAAAAGUCAUUCAAAUCUGUUACCCAGAGUAAACUCAUUUCACUCCUUAUCUAAUUCACUGUCAUUUUUAUUCUCAUCAUCAUCAUCAUUCACUUAUUCACUGUAUUUCUUGUUUUAUAUACUAAACAACUUUCUAAUAGAACAUGCAGUGGACGCUGUACAAGGAUGUAGUAUAUUCUACCAAUCAGAUUUCAAGUGGAAAAAAGCUCUAUGUGAUUCAGAAGUGAAUAAACUAACCCAGUUACCACUGGAUUUACCCUCAAAUCUUAUUGAACUACGUGUUUUGCAUCAGUCGAUUAUGAAAAUUAAAAGAAAUUCUUUAAAUCACUUGAUUCACCUUGAAACAUUUCAAAUUGAAUCCAGUCAAUUAACACAAAUUGAAUCAGAUACAUUUCGUCAAAUGAUUUCUUUGAAAUAUAUUAAUCUACGGAAUAAUUCAUUAAAGAUUGGAACUACAAGUUUUCCUGUGGAAUUAUUACAUGAUUUACCUAAUCUGCGUUCAUUAAAUUUAGCUGAAAAUCCAAUUGAUUUUAUACCUGAUGCAUUUUUUGACAAUUUAAGCGGUAAUAAAUUGCAGUACUUAUGGUUAGGAUCUGUUAAAUCUAGAGGCAUAAACUUUGAAUCAAAUACAUUGAAACCAUUGAUGCAUUUACGUUUAUUAGAUUUAAGUUUUUCUGGGUUAGAUAGUUUUCAUGCAUCUAAUGAACUAGCAUUGAAUAAUAUGCCCGAAUUAAAAGAGUUUUAUCUUGGUGGUAAUCCCUGGACCUGUGACUGUAAACUAAGUUGGCUGAGAGUAUGGUUUCAACAGAAAUCAUUAAAAGGAUUGAAAUAUCAACAGAAUAAAACUGAUCAAAACGGUAAUAUUGAAGUGCAUGAACCAAUCUGUUUUAAACCAGACACCUUGAAAGGUAGACAUUUAUUUUCUGCUAAUAAAUACAAUUCUUUACAAUUCUCUGAUUUACGGUGUCCUGCGCAAAUUUUCACAUUAAAUCAAAAUUUCACAUUUCAUUUCGGUAAGAUGAUGAUAUUACGAUGUGAUUAUCAUUCGGAGAAAAUUGAUGAUAUUCUCUGGUAUAAAGAUGGUCAGUUUGUACAGAAUACGUCUGAGAAAAGUAUCACUCAAGGUCAAAUAGGAUCGAAUUUCUAUACAAAUCUAUUGAUUUCCUCCACAACAGGUGAACAUACAGGAUUAUGGACUUGUAUGUUAGAUGAUCAACAUCGUACGGUGUUCGCAGUUAGUAUUUUAAAUUCGGAAGGUAAAAUACUUUAUCCAAGCGAUGAAAACUCUUUCAUGCAUGGAGCAUUUGUUUUGUUUGGAGCUAGUGGUGAGACUAGAAAUUGGGUUUAUGCUGGUAUCGCAAUGGUUGUUCUGUUUGUAAUGUUGGCGAUAAUCGGCAUCGGAAUAUUUUGUUGUUGUGAUCCUCAAUCAGCAUCAUCAAAUCCAUCAUCAGAAUCUCAAACACUUCAAGAAACGCAUAUUAAAAGGUGUUCCGGCAAAUCAUACUUCGUAUGCAGAGGUGGGAUAAGACGUCUCAGAAGACGAAAAAAGGAUGGUAACAAGAAUAAGGAGAAUAAAGACGAUUCAGUCAGUAGUUUAAUGGUAGCAAUAAAUGAUGAACAGAAAAUAAUCGAUAAAAGCGAAUUACUACAGGGAGAUAACCAGAAAGAAAGUUCAGGUUGUAUUCUUUCAAAUUUAAAUACACUUGUGUCCGAUUCCAUUGCUACCUCUAAUGUUGACACUGUGAGUGGUGAUAACAACAACAUUAUUCCAUCAAAAAGGAACAUAGAAGAAAACCGUUUAUUAAAUAUUUUCUGUUGUCCUACAAAUACAACGCGUGAAGUUCAGGUAGUCGCUAUCCCUACAAUUGGAUCACCGUCGUCAUCGUCAUCGACAAAUGUUACACACCUGGGUGGAUCGCUUAUACACGAGACAGUUGCUACGGGUGGAAACCGGCUGCUUGUAUCCUGUGAUAGUCCUGAACCAAAGUUGUUGAUUGCCAAUGGGAUUACACCAUGCUCAAACAUAUCACCUCUAAACUUUUCUACUUGUCUACAACAGACGCAGGAUAUGAAUAUUGGACAUCAGCAAAGUUCUACAGCAUGGAAUAAUAAUGUUGGUCAUCCGGUUUCGGAAUUAUUCACAGCCUACACACCAUCGAAUCAGAUUGGUUUAGAAACAAAACCUUGUCCUGUACAUGGAGUUAUGAAACUAAAGCAAGUGGAAUUCAUGAGUAAAAACAUCACGACUACUGUUAGUACUAGUAACUGCUAUAGCAGCAUCAAACAGUCUCCGAACUAUCAGACUAUUAAUCCAGUCUAUUGGAGUAAUUCUAAUAGUGCUACAUUUUUAGCCAAUCCCCACUUAACAUAUAAUAUGCCAGGUUGUGCAGUGUUUAAUGCAGAUGUUAAUAGUACGAACAAUGGUAGUGAUACUAACAGCAGUGAUAAUCUUAUGGGUAGAAAUACGGAACAGGUUCAGAACUAUUCAAAAGCUUUGUUAAAGAAUGAUGCAUAUAACUGUAGCUUAUUGCCAAAAGUCAGUUUAAACGAACCCAGUAUACAAUGGCCUUCAGAUUCCCUACCGAAUGAAUCUUGUCCACUACACGGUUAUCAGACACUGAACAAAAGGAGUAGUAAGUUGAAAAAUUCUGGAGAUCUGACAUCAAGUAACGACAUGACUUUGAAAAUGCAUCAACUCACUAAAUCUCAUGUUCAUUCUCAAUCUGAUCAUCGUCCCUAUUAUCAUCAUGGAAAGGAGAGAGUCUUACAUAAUCAAGAAAUGGAAGUCUGUUCCUUCAGUGAUAAUACCAGUGGUACCGAUGAACAGGAGGAGACCGAUAAUCAGUUGAACAGCGAUCAGGAUGAUCAUCGAAUUUUUUCAAUAUCUUCUAAUAAACAAGGGAAAGAAGUGUAUACAUCCACGGAAACUGAAUCCCAAACUGAAAGUUCAGUAUCUGAAAAAUGUGUACAUAGUGAUUGCGCUUCUGCUUCAUGUACUUCGUCUUCAGCUUCUACAACUGCUUCAGCCUCUUCUUUUAAUCAAAAGUUCAAGUUAAUUCAUCCACCGAAUCAAACAGGAUUCAAUUCCAUUUGUUCUUCGUUGUCGAAUCAAAUUAAUCUCGCAACAGCAGCGGAAGCUAUUGAAAAUGUACAACAGCAAUCUCCACCUUCACUUGAAUUCUGUACAUCUCCAAAGCUGAUAAGUAGACCAAGCAGUUCAAAUGGUCGUCCUAUGAAUUACUAUGGAAAGUGGAGUGAUUUUAAAGGAAUAAACGAAAGUGCACAUCCUAAUUCAAAAUGUCCUGUACAUUCCUUAAAGGUGAAUCGUAAACCAAUAUCAAGUACGAUAUUUUACGAUACCUACAAUCAUCAUCUAAAUGGUUAUCAAUAUAGUCAUCAACAAUACAAUGAUAAUGGCUAUAAUAAAAACAAUAUAGGUACCCUUCGAGUUACCACCUUACCGUCAAGAUUAAGAAAAAUCAGUAGUAACAGCAUUACUACUAAUAAUAGUAAUUAUAAUAAUAUGGCUUCCAUUAGAAAGUUUGCCAGUCAGCAUACUGUACAAUCAAAUUAUUCAUCUUCCCUAUGUUUAUCUGCUCAAAGUUUGGAUAAAUUCACUAGACAUCCGAAACCUAUUCUACGUCCUGGUUCAAAGCAUAAACUCGACACAGAAAGUGAUUCAGAUAAUAACACCUCUGAAGGAAACAACUUUCCACUUUAAUUUUAUUGAUUAUUUCUGUGUCAAUAAGUAGGUGUACAUUUGUCAAAUGUAUAUAGGCUAUAUUCCACUGUGUUCUCCUAAUCGAUACAUGUAUAAAUUGUUAUUUCAUGGUAGUCGUUGAAAAUGCAUCAAGUUUACUUUGGUUCUCUAAGUGUACAUGUUUGUGUAGUUGUUUAUGUACGUAUACUUCUGUAAAAUUCAAAUUUAUGCAAUCAAUGUGAUACUACAUGAAAACAGAAUAUAUUGAUUUUUAGUUCAAUAAUUUAUUGACUAACCGUCAAGUUGCUUUAACACAACAAAAGCAAGAAUAGCAAAUAACAAUGAUAUUAAUAAACGACUGAAAAACCUGUGUUAUCUUCAUUCAAGUUUAUUUUAAAAUUACUGGAAAUAAAAUCACCUAUGAGCUACUUUUGUGCAACCAGUAAAUCGAUAGGGAUAAUCGAUAUUGAAACUAACCAUGUACAUAAGUAAAUUUUAAUUUUAAAGAUACUAUUUUU